GAAGAUGGCUCACCAUCAGUCGGCUCCAAUCCAAGAAAGAGUGUGGUAGUGUUCGGACAUCUCUCUGCAUUUUCUUGAAUCUCUGUGGUUCCACAUUUAUUCCCAAGGCGCCUCACACGUGGGAUGGGCCGGAGCGACUGGCGCCCUUUCAUCUACGGGGGCUUGUCUGCCUGUAUUGCAGAGUUCGGGACUUUUCCCAUUGACACGACCAAAACUCGGCUCCAGAUUCAAGGUGGACGAAGUGAUGCCGGGGAGGUGAUCACAAAACGCUACCGGGGAAUGCUCCAUGCACUCCUUAAGAUAUCCCACGAGGAAGGAAUUAGGGCUCUCUAUUUUGGAAUUGCACCAGCAGUGCUACGUCAAGCAACAUAUGGAACUAUCAAGUUUGGUAUUUACUAUUCGCUCAAACAGAUGCUAGUGAAUAAUCCCAAUGAAGAAAGACUCGGCAUCAAUGUAUUCUGUGCAGUCACAGCAGGAGUGGUGGCAAGUUCCAUGGCCAACCCUACAGACGUGCUUAAGGUGCGAUUACAAAGUGGACGUGCAGAAUUCAAGGAGAAGAGUCUUCCUCAAGCAUUCCUCAGCAUAUAUAACCAGGAGGGCAUACAGGGUUUAUGGAGGGGAGUGUGUCCUACAGCUCAGAGAGCAGGUGUGAUUGUGGGUGUAGAAUUGCCAAUAUAUGAUAUGUGCAAACACUAUUUUAUAAAGAUGAAUGUGCUACCCGACAAUGCAACAAACCAUUUCUUAUCGAGCUUCAUAUCAAGCCUAGGAGGUGCCGUUGCCUCGACGCCACUUGAUGUUGUGCGAACAAGAGUGAUGAACCAAAGGAAAUUGAAAUCUCCUGCACAAGUUAGUGGUAACGGGGCAGUGUGUACUUCAAGGAUUUAUUCAAGCACUCUGGACUGUUUAGUACAGACAGUAAAAGCAGAGGGACCCUUAGCCCUGUACAAGGGCUUCAUCCCUACAUGGCUCAGACUUGGGCCAUGGAACAUAAUCUUCUUUGUUACCUUUGAGCAACUGAAGAAGUUUUAUUAAGUUUAUCCGUGCUGUACGUCAUCUUCUGAAUUCAGCUUAAUUGACGAACUCAUCUGUCUAUUCAGAAGAUCACCUCAGCAUCAAGAUCUACCAGGCAUUUAAUCAGUACUGCAUUAAAGGUCCUGUAAAAAUUUUCAUAUUCUUACUGUUUUAAAUAUAAAAUUUUUCGUGAUACAUGGGACUUCCCAAUAUUUUUUUCCCCAAAUCUAAUAAGAUUUGAUAAUCAUCACAAAUGAAUGUUGAUAUUUGUGAAAAGGAAAAAUGUAAUGAUAAGCAAAGUGCUCCAGUUGGGAAGGCCUUUAUUUCCUUACUCUUUUUUUUUUUUUUUUUUUACCUUGGGGCUCAGAGCUGGUUCUUCACAUUUAUCAAGUUCUUGACAAUCUUGGAAGAAACCAACCUGAGAGGAUCUCAUAUUGUUCAUGAAGUAAGUCCUAUUUCACUUCCAUUUGUAUAUGAUGCAUUGAGUCAUCAUCAUUUGUGUUUAGUAUUAUUCUUUGUUAUAACCAAAAGUAUAAGAUGUCAAAAAUUUCUGGCAUGACCUGUUCAUCAUUCCUGCAGUGAAAAUAUUCCAUCAGGCUUGAAUAAAUGCAUAAUGCAUUAAUGUGAUGAAAGAAAUUGUGUAAAUUUAGGGAUAAAGUGUAUAUAAAACUAGUUUGAUGAAAUGAAUUGUCAAAUUCACAAACAAUUGAGUAUUUCAUAUAUUACAGUUGUUGUUCUUGGACUAUGUGUGGCAAUGCCAUUUUGAAACCAAAGAUCUUGGUGGAGAUUAAAGUGGCAGUUAUUAUAUUGUCAACUGUAUUUUUUUUAGACAGUGAGCAUGGAAAUAUUUAUUACUUGUCAAGUUUUAUAGUUAUUACACUUAGUACAGUAAAUGUAUUUUAGUCUUUAAAUUUGGCUUAUCAAUUUUUACAUCUUUGAAGUACUCAUACUAAAAAAGAAUCAUUGGCUGUAGAAAGUAAAAUGUAGCUCACUCCUAAACUCUGCCAUAAUUGACUGCAGUUGACAGCAUCUCUUACAUGAUGCUGAAAUGAUCUAUUUUUGUAAGGUGUGGGUGACCUCAAAUGCAGAUAUGGUGCAGUGAUUUAUUGUGGUACGUAAGCAAUUUAAUCUUGCAAAAAAGAUCUGCCAAUAAAUAUUUACCCAAAUUUCAAUCUAAAGUUUGAAUGUUGUACUUGUGAUCUUUAAAUAUGUAAGACUGUUUGAAAUUUGAAUGUGAAGUUUGGGGGUUUCCAGUUCUGCCAUGUUAAAACAUAUAAAGACCAGUUUCCUUAAAUACAUACUGUACUUGUUUGGGAAUGAAUGAGAGUAGAAAGGUGCAAGUGAUACUGAAUAACUUAUUCUUCCAAAUAAAAUUUACAAACCUGAAA